AUGGACGACGACGCGCUCGAGGCGCUCAGGCGCGAGGCGGAGAUGGAGAUGCGCCGCAAGGCCCCGCGAGAGCUCGACGGCACCGACCUGCGCGCCAAGCGACGCAAGACCUUCGACGCGCAGGACGGCGACGGCGCGACCGGGGGCGAGGCUGACGAAUCUCUGGAGCGAUACGAGUACGCCGCCCCCGACGCAAUCGUCCGCGGGCUGGGAUGCGUCGGGUUCGUGGUGACGUGCUCGUUCCAGCGGGAGAAGAGCGCGACGAGGGAGGCGACCGAGAUGCUCAGGCCGAGGCUGCCGACCACCCCGCUCGCGUUCGGCGCGGCGGCCAAGGGCCUGAGGCUCAACCCCGUCAAGAUGCCCGGCCGAGGGUUCGUCCUCAUCAGGAUGUCGGAGAGGCCGGACCCGGACGCCGCCGCCGCCGACGCGAAGGGCCGCGACGAUCCGCAUCCCCGCCCGGACGACGACAGAACGAGGGCGACGGUCGCGGCGGAGGUUCUCGGCGUCGUGACGCGAACCGUCGCGGACGUCAAAGCCGGAAGAUGCCCCGCGCCAAAGUUUGUGGAGAAGAUGACGCCGGUGACGGUGACGUGCGCGUUUGACGGAGCCGCCAUCGACGCCGGAGCCGUCGCCGCGCUCGCCGCGUCGGGGUUCGACGCGAAGGGGCGCGACGUGUCCUUCGCGGUGUCGUACCACAACAGGUUCAAGACGCAGGGGGAUCCUACGGUCGGAGCGGGCAAGGACGCAGUGGACGCGGGGGACACGGCGGCGACGGCGGCGGAGAGGCACGGACGGCGUGAGGUCAUCGAGGCUGUCGCCGGCGGGGUUCGCGCCGCGCUCACCGCCGCGGGCGCGACGGGGCUCAGCGUGGACCUGAGGGACCCGGACGUGGUGGCGUUCGCGGAGGUGAUAUCGGUGCCCGCGACGGCGGAGCCGGGGGGCGGGGCGGGCAAAGGGGAGAGGUUCACCAGGCGGCUGGCGCUGGGUCUGGUGCCCAAGUCGUCCGACGCGUUCGAGCGCCGCAAGAAGGGCAUCAUGCCCGCCUCGCUCAAGAGGGGUUAA